CCGCCGCCGCCGGCCUCCGCCUCGGCUGAGGCCGCCUUCGCUAAGGCGCUGGCCGCGGGUGCGGGGCUCAUGCUGCCUGCGCCCCUUCAGGCUGGAAGAUGAGGCUGCUGGCGGCCGGCCUCCUGCUGGCGGGCCCUCUCUGCGUCGCCUUCUACCUGCCCGGCUUGGCGCCCGUCAGCUUCUGCAAGGAGGGCAAGGAGACCGAGGGCUGCAAGUCCCUGAUCGAGCUCUUCGUGAACAGGCUGGACUCGGUCGAGUCGGUGCUGCCCUACGAGUACGACACUUUUGACUUCUGUCAAGAUACAGAAGAAAAAAGGCCAUCAGAAAAUCUUGGACAAGUAUUGUUUGGGGAGAGAAUAGCUUCGUCUCCAUAUAAGUUCACUUUUGAUAAGCCAGAAACAUGCAAGAAAGUUUGUACAAGAUCAUACGACCCAGAAAACAAUGUUGACAAAAAUAAACUGGCUUUUUUGAAGAAAGGAAUGCAGUUGAAUUAUCAACAUCACUGGAUUAUUGAUAACAUGCCUGUAACAUGGUGCUAUGAUGUAGAAGAUGGACAAAAAUACUGUAAUCCAGGCUUUCCAAUAGGAUGCUUUGUUACUCCAGAUGGUAGAGUUAAAGAUGCCUGCGUUAUAAAUUCGGAGUUUAACAAGAAGAACACUUUCUACCUCUUCAACCAUGUUGACAUAACAAUCAUGUACCAUAAGGAUGAAAACUGGCCUGGUGCAAGACUGGUGAUGGCACGACUGAGACCACAAAGCUACAAACAUACAGAUGAGAACAACUUAAGUUGUGAAGGUCCACCUAUGGAGAUUCCUGGUGAAUUCAGCAAUAAACUGAAUUUGAUCUAUACUUACUCUGUGACGUUUGAAGAAAAGAGUAAUAUUAAGUGGGCUUCCAGAUGGGACUACAUUUUGGAGUCCAUGCCACAUACCAAUAUCCAGUGGUUUAGUAUAAUGAAUUCCCUCGUAAUUGUUCUCUUCUUAUCUGGCAUGGUGGCUAUGAUCAUUCUGAGAACUCUUCAUAAAGAUAUUGCAAGAUACAACCAGAUUGACUCUUCUGAAGAUGCCCAAGAGGAAUUUGGCUGGAAGCUGGUUCACGGAGAUGUGUUUAGACCUCCAAGAAAGGGAAUGUUACUGUCUGUCUUUUUGGGUCAAGGAACGCAAAUUUUCAUUAUGACUUUUAUUACUUUAUUUCUAGCUUGCCUUGGUUUUCUUUCUCCUGCCAACCGUGGUGCUUUGAUGACCUGUGCAGUUGUAUUAUGGGUCUUACUGGGAACUCCAGCUGGUUAUGUGUCUGCUAGAAUGUACAAGACAUUUAGAGGCGAGAAGUGGAAGACAAAUGUUUUGCUUACAGCUCUGCUUUGCCCUGGGAUUGUCUUUGCUGACUUCUUCAUUAUGAAUCUAAUUCUGUGGAUGAAAGGAUCCUCAGCUGCUAUCCCUUUUGGCACUUUGGUUGCUAUCCUAGCCAUGUGGUUUGGAAUUUCAGUCCCAUUAACCUUUGUCGGUGCAUAUUUUGGCUUCAAAGAGAAGCCUAUUGAACAUCCAGUUCGUACAAACCAGAUUCCUCGCCAGAUUCCAGAACAGUCCUUUUUCACAAAGCCGUUGCCUGGCAUCAUAAUGGGUGGCAUCCUGCCCUUUGGCUGUAUUUUUAUUCAGCUCUUUUUCAUUCUCAAUAGCAUUUGGUCUCAUCAGAUGUACUACAUGUUUGGUUUCCUGUUCCUAGUUUUUAUAAUUCUUCUAAUUACCUGUUCCGAAGCUACAGUUUUGCUGUGCUACUUCCAUCUGUGUGCAGAGGAUUAUCAUUGGUGGUGGAGAUCAUUCUUAACAAGCAGCUUUACAGCUGUUUAUCUCUUUAUCUAUGCAGUUCAUUACUUCUUCUCUAAACUCCAGAUAACAGGCACUGCUAGCACCAUUUUAUACUUCGGUUAUACAUUGAUCAUGGUUUUGAUUUUUUUCCUUUUCACAGGGACUAUUGGAUUUUUUGCCUGCUUCUGGUUUGUAAGUAAGAUUUACAGUGUUGUGAAAGUGGACUGAAGAGUUUCAAAGUGUCUUUUGAACAUAUCUCCCUUGCUGUUUGAUAAUUUUUACCAUGUAUUGGGAAACAUACUGUGUAAUUAUUCUAAUUUGUAAAAGCUGAAGAGCAAACUACAACAUAAAAUAUAUGCCUUUAUGCAAGGAAAUGGCACCACUGGAAAAAUGUUUACAUCAAUAUACUCACUGAACAUGUUAAUUCUAAUCAUUCUAAAAAUUGUAUCCAAAGUUUGAUUUAGAACAAAUAAAAAAUCUGUGAACAGUUUAUUUGAACAAUGAGUACAUUAUAUAGCUUUCCAUUUUAAAUUUCUUAAAUUUCUUGUGGAUUUCUUUUUGGUUACCUCUUCUGGUUAGCAGCUAUACCAUCAAAGCAUAGGACUGUCAAGUAAAUCUUAUGUAAAAUGUGAAUUUUUUUUAACUUAACUAUGAUUGUACAUACUAUCCUGCACCUUCUUUACAACUAGUUUAUCUUCUUACAAAUGUACAUGCAUUUAGUGUAAUGUAGACUUUAUUAAAAAUAUCGACACUGGUUUUUGUUUAAAUAAACCUGCACAACUCCCA